GCGCGGUUAUGUACACAUAGGCACAUUCUUUAGAUCGUAGUCAAGCAAAGUUUGACGCCGAACUUCGCAGUCCCUCAACCGAUUUAUUUGAUCAUGGCCUUUUUUUGCCCCAUGAGAAUUCCAAGAAGGCGAAGAAAACGUGAGUAUCAAGUUUAGUUUAAGGUUGAGUGAAAAUAAAAGCUUUUCUAGCUUAUGACUUCAUUGUUUACACGCUCGUCUCACAGCGAUUGUCAAAUAUCUGACAGGGUAUCGAGAUGAACAACAAAAAAACAGCACUCCAAAUGGAAAUCCUGGUGGACGCAUUACUGGCAGCAACAGUGUAGACUCACUUGUGGAAUUGGGCAAGGAAGAGGAAGACAAUGAGAUCGAGUUUGAGCCUCGAAAGAUGGUUGUUUUGCACGAUUUCAUUCCAUGUGUCGAAGACGAGGUCGCUGUAAAACGAGGACAACGAGUGAAAUCUUUAUACCAAGAAACGGACUGGAUUUACAUUAUAACAAACGACGGCAAAGAAGGGUUUAUUCCGUUUACGUAUUGCGUAGAAGAAGAAGAGUACGAGAAAAGAAAAGAAAAACAGAAAGGUCUUCAAAGGAAUAAUUUUCGUAACGCUUCUUUCCUCGACUCGUUACAAAUUCAAACAGACACCACACCGGCAUUCAGUUUUAAGAAAAAUAAUUACGGCGAUUAUAUUGUCAGGUUUGAUUUCAUUGCCUGUGACGAGAACGAUAUAAACGCACAGAAGGGGGAUAAAGUUCGAGUUUUGAACAAGGAGGACAAAGAUUGGUACUGGGUGUCGAAUUCUCAAGGGGUCGAAGGAUUUAUUCCCAAAGAUUUCCUGGUUCCCUUUGACAGACUUCAAAAUGGCGGUAAGUCUUUAUGAUUCAAUGAUUCAAACAUUUGAAUAAUUCUAGAGUUAAUAUCAAAUCUUAGUGAAGCAGGGGCCGUGUUCUUUAAAGAACAUCUCACAGUAGGAAACAGAUUUUUUUGAAUUGUUUAAUUAGUUUCCGUGGCAUUGUGUUACGCUAAAUCGUCUUUCGAAAAGUGUUGAUAAACAAGUUAAAAAUCUAGAUCAACUUAGCAAACAAAUAACUUGAAGAACUAAGAUUAUUUUUGGAGACUGGAUGAUCUUAGCAGGUAUCAAAUAUAUUACAUGUACUGGAGUUCAUUGAGGGUCGUAUUGAGCCGAGUUCAUUAAUGUCAGCAAAAUCAAUAAUUCAGCAAAAACAAUCCAAGUAUGUCAUCAAUUGAUGGCACUCAAUUAGUGUUUUUGAAAGGGAAAUUAUUUUUGAAAUCGUCAUUCUAGUUUUAAGAGAAAUGUUCACGGCUAAAAAAAGAAAUUGGUUAUCUAUUAUAAAGGGUGCAAUUUCUUGGUCACUUUGAAUGGGAAAACUUGGAAAGGAAACGGUGCUUGAAUGUACACGUACAAUGUAUUAGCAUAGGACGUUUGGUGGCCGAACAGUCUUCGGUACAACCUUGCUACCGGAUUGUUUUCUUGGUUACAAAACUGUGCUCUGCUUCUUCACUCUUUACUCAGGUGUAGCGGCAACUUUCUGCCGGGGGUUACAUGUGAUGGACUAGCAUCCCAUCGAGGAGCAUUACAUUGUAAUGCUCUGAAUUGCUAAUCUUGCCACAAAAAUUGGGCCAAGCCCUUUCUGGACCCAUUUUGGCUGUUUUUCACGACCAGUCCUGACAGAUUUACAGCCAAAAAAACCAAGUAACAUUUUGGGGAAAAAUCCACUGCCAAUUUCACUGUGUACCUAGUACUGCUCUUUGCAGAUUAAAUUGGUUCCUUUCCUAAAAGUUAGGUAGUCACAAUUCCAUGCAAAAAAAAGACAAUAAAGUGGGCAACAAAACUGCAUAUAAAAGAGAAAGAAAAAGGGAAAAGAGAGAGUGAAAUAAGUCCGUUUUUUGGCUUAUGUACAUGCUCAUUAGCCAAAAACUAAUCCACAAAAGAGGAAUUGGUGAAAAAUGUGGUUUUCCUCUACUUGCUGGCCAGCACCAAAGGGUUACUUUGUGGUCAAUAGAUAGGAGGGAAGUGAUCUAUGGGAACAAGAGAGCAGGAAAGUCCUUCCAUUUUAGAGAGUAAGAGUUAGGCAAAGUUAACAUGACAACUUCUAAUGCAAAACUUGUUUUUAGGUUUUUCUUUUGCGCAUUAUGCUCAAUACAUGACAUGGCAUGACAUUGUUACGAUAGUUACAAACUCAUUUUGAGAGAUUGCUCUUAAAAUGGGUGCUAAUGUCCUUAGCAAUAAAUAAUAUUAUAUUUUUCAGAACAAAUUCUACUAGGGUACUAUCUUGACUACCCUGUUCAAUUAAUACAUGUACUUUUAUUAUGUUAUUUGAGAUCCCUUCAAAGUUGAUCUCCAGUUUUCCAUAUAAUUUUCACCUCAUGCACUUAUACUGUAUUUGCAGAUAUAUAUAUAUAUUUUUUAUUUUUUAACUUAUCCCCCUAUGUUAGUUUUCUAAAGUGGUAUUUCACCUUCUUCAGAUUCAAGUCCAGCUUCAAAUCAAAGUCUUCUAAAUGGCAGUAGGACAAUGUCGCAGACAGAGGUUUCUCUACUGUCAACACAAGCAGGAAGUCCGUACAGAGAAACGUCAUCUGACUCAGCAAGAUCAAACAACAGAAGCUCAUCCACAGAGCCACUUUACCUCCUCACUCCACUAGCCAAUGGGAAUCGAGCAAGCUCUGUUACUUCAAACAGUCAAACAAAUACAUUCCGUCAACGUCGAAACACGAAUGAGCUUUUACUAUAUGGACAAGAACUUGUGUGUACUGAUACUUAUAUAGGGAAGAGAAUGGAUGAACUUACCGUGCAUAAGGGAGACUGGAUCUAUGCUGAUAUGAAACUCAAGGAUGGGAGGGGGUGGAUUUGGGCUUAUUCGCCUUCAAACAAGAUGCAGGGGUUUGUGCCACGGUCAUGUCUUCGCCCGCCUGCCACAACACCUCUCUGAUUUUAGACUGUUAGUGUAAGUUUUGAGAAAGGAGGGUUGGGGAAAUGAGCUAGAUAUUUAAAGUUCAGAAUUUGUAUUUUAAGAGCAUAAAAUUAAUUUUACAGUUGGAACACACACUGAUGACUUUUCUACCUGCUGAGAUAUAUAUUUUUAAAGAAUAGUAAUAUAAAAUGAUUACUUACUGGCAUAUUUUUAAAGAAUAGUAAUAUAAAAUGAUUACUUACUGGCAUAGCCUGCGAAGGGACUGGCAAUGCUUGUCGUUUUCCAAGAUGGCAUUUCUUUCCUGGUUAAAAAUUUGGGCUGAAAAUUUGACUUUGUUAUUGUUAACAAUUUACUCUUUGUGGGAUGUUCAUAGUUACAUGUGCAGCUGGUGAAAUGGACAAACUAUAACUCUCAAAGAAAAAUAAUAUAUCAGUAUGAUUAUUGUGAAAUUAUGAUUAACAUUAGUUGAGAGACUCUUGUUUUGAAGCAACUGCAAUAUUUUUGUGAAAGUUUUAAGUUUAGUACUGUGCUGCCUGAUUUAUUUUUGCCACUAAUGGGAACCUUGGUAACAUGUUUACCAAUCUUAUUAACAAUUUCCUUUUCAACAUGGCCAAAUAUAAUAAUGAUGUUGAGCAGUAUUGUUAUGUAAUAGAGAUGUUCAAGUCUUAGUGAGAUGUCUACCUCAUAGAAAGACACAAAAAGUGACUGAAAAUGUCAGAAAUCUAGUGUCUACAUGUUUAUAGAGCUGUCCAUCAAGACAGAGCAUGCUGUAUUGCCAACAUUUUGAAACCAAAAUACCUAAAACAACCUCAUGAGCAAG